AUUAAAAGGAUGGGUUAUUGAAUGAAAACGGUCAGAAUACUGUUUGUUUUGAAGCCGUGAGCGUUCUUACCUGACAGCAUCUUCAUUCAGGAUAUUCGACGAUACAGUUAUACAUAUCGAGUCCAGGUAUCUGAUGUCAACGAGAAAUAUGUUUCGAAUGCUGAGUGUAUGGCUCGUGACGUGGGUUUUAGUAUCGUCUCGCUACCUGGCGUCUGAAGCUCAAAUAAGGCCACUUACUUUUGCUAUGCGUAAACUCGCAUUCUCUACGAACCAGUUUGGAAUUGAUUUGUAUAGAGCCCUCAAAGUACCAAAAAAUGAGGUUGUGGCUUUUUGUCCAUUUUGCAUCAGUACAUCAUUGGCCAUGAUCCUUUUAGGAGCUCAAGGAAGAUCAGCUAAUGCACUUCAACAAGCCUUAUACUUGUGGGGUGUACGACAAGAAGAUGUCCAUAUUGCUUUUCACGAUUUACUGAUUCACCUUCGUGACAACUUACAAGUAACACCAGGCCAUCACAUCCCAGAUCAUUUGGGCAAUGGUAAUGGUGGCUAUAGGCAAGAAUAUGGUGUUCAAGAUUUUGAAAUAUUGCUUUUCAAUAGCAUCUAUGUCCAAAGAGAAUAUAGCAUUCUCUACCAUUACCAGAAGUUUUUGCAUACUUUCUAUAACACAUCUGUGCAUCCUCUCGACUUUAGCAUGUACGGAGAGGAAAGCAGACUCCACAUUAAUGCCAUAGUCGAAAAGCAAACAAAAGGAAAUAUUAAAAACAUUCUAGAUCAACCAUUACCAAAGACCACAAGUGUUCUUUUGCUCAAUGCCUUGUCGUUUGAUGGUGUAUUAGACAUGAGCGGAUCAACUACGAAUCCAACGGCAGAAGACGUGCAUCGAAAUUCCCAGUAUAAUCAAUUCAAUCAAGGAUACAAUAAUCAUCCUUUCAGUCUCAAUCACGCUUUUCAGCCAACGCAUAGCAGAUUACCCCCUAUAGGAGGACCAGGGUCAUAUUAUGCUCCAUCAUUUUCUCAAGCAAUGACGUAUGCAGCAGCUACUCCAUACAACUCUCACAAUUUUAUCACGCCACCUACUAGGACAAGACAAGGAGGUCUUCGACAUGGUACCUAUGAUUACCUUGGAUGUACUGGAGUAGAAGUACCCUUUCGAAGUGGCCUGCUUUCCCUAGUGCUCUUGAUUCCCAGUGAUACUAGUAGUAUGAAUAUGCUUGAGACUCGGCUCAAUGCCCAGCAUAUUACCGACAUUUUAGGCACCAUGCAGUCGAAAAAUGUUAUAUUGGAAAUGCCACACAUCUCUUUCGAAGACAGCCCAAAGAAUCUAACCCAAGCUCUAUUUCGGAGUGGCCUCGUCGACCUCUUCACGCCUGGCUUUGCGGAACUUCUCGGCAUGAGCGAUUUCCGAUGGCUUCAUAUUACCAAUCUUAUCCAUAAAAUCAAUGUGAACAUCAAGAACGGAAAUAACUUGAAUCAUCAGCAAACCGCUCCACCCAGUGGCCAGGAAACUAUUCACAUGAGUCUCCAAGACAAGCCUUUCCUUUUUUUCGUUAUUGAUAACAUCAGCGGCUUGGCCUUAGCGAUGGGAAAGAUGGCAGGUCGACGCUUGUAAUUUGAAAAUUAUUUAUUUAAGAGCAAGGUUUAAUCGAGCAGAAACCUAUUCAUUAGCAGAAACCUUCAAUUCAUCCCAGAAUGCAUGGUUCACUAUAAGUAAUGAUUUUUUAAAGAUGUAUUUUAGGCACUUAAUAGUGGUAUGGUUUGCCAAAUACUAUAUUUAAACAAGUUUUUUUCCUUUAUAAAUUUUAAUACUAAAGAUAUAACCACAGUUAGCUCUUAUAAAUUCUUCAGGAGACUGUCAGUUUGAAGAAAUAUGAAAAGCUGUGCUGUAUGCUUUUUAUUAGUUAAGAAGUAUCAAGAAGCUGUGUUACGAUAUACCCAAAAUGUUGCCCUUUUUGUAUAAAUUUAAUGAUAAGCAAGUUAUUCUUAAUGUGCACAUAUAAGUGUCUUUUUCCUAAAAUUACAAAAUGACUGUUUUACAGUAGCGUAGCUAGGGUGGAGCAAGAGGGGACAUCUGUCCCCGAGCGCAGCAUCCAGGGGGCGCAAAACUGAUGUUGCGAAAUUUUAAAAUGAAAUGUUUUCCAUUCUUGGCACACAGAAAGGGGCGAAAAUUCUUCAGUUGUCCCCGGGCGCUGAAACCCCUAGCUACGCCUCUGCUGUUUUACGUACGUAUCAAUUAUUUUAUUAGCUCAUAAAGUAUCAUUUUUAAACGGAGAAAGCAAUCUUGAAAACAUAUUUGCUGCUCAGAAAUAUUCAUAUGUGCAUGCAUUUUGAAGUGAUAACGUAAAUAUACCACUUAAUUCUGGCAUUUAACAAGCCUUUCUGUGGAACCGAAGUUACUUAGUCAGUUUAUUCAUGAACUGCAAAACAUAAAAGAACCUAUUCUCUUUUUUGCCAUGGCAAUGAAUAAAGUUAUGUUUUUAAUCCUGAAAGUUCUUUCCAACAUUUUGAAGCAUUGUAAACCUACAAGACAAAAUAAGCUCAGCUAAGUUACACUGAAAGAAAGAUAUAUUGUUAGUACUACAAUAUAUUAAGCUAACUAUUUUUCGUGACAUUCAUAAUCAUUGGCAAAAUGAAGUAAAGCAAAAUUUAUACAUAAAAGAACUGAAAUGUGGGUAAAGCAGCAUUUUAAUCACGGAUUUACUAUUCAAUAACUGAAUAAUACACGUAUAAAGAGAGAGCAAGAGUCUAUAUUCCUUUCAUAAGUAAAAAAAUACAUUUCUUAUUUCUGUUUCGUUUGUAAUGCAGACAUUUUGCUCUACUAAUUAAGAGUUUAAGAGCUUAAUCUUGCUAAUAUUAAGGUUCUUCAAAAACAAUAAUUCUUCUACAUUGAUCUCUCUGAUAUUAUAACAUAAAUGUUUUACAACAUAUGUCUCUCAGAUAUUUUAAUUUAUGUAUUUUUGGUGUUUAUAAAAUGUGUUUAAAAUAUUGCAUAUUUCUAUCACUCAUAUUUUAUGUAUAUUUAAUUCUACAAAAUUAGAGAGAAUAUUUAGACAAUAAAUCCUUCUGUGUUAAGGAAAAACUAACUUUAGUUAUAUUUAAUAGUGAAUCGUUUCCUUCUGGCUUCUUUUCAUCAGACAUACUUAGAGUCUUACUUGUUUAGGAAGCAUAAAAUGUAGACCCUCCUGAAAACGAAAUAGCGAAUUCUCGCUAUGUCUAGGGGAAAAAAAAAAAAAAAAAAAAACGGAUGACUGGCGACAAAUGUUAUAAUAACCUUUUUAUUUUAGUUAACUGAACAGAACAUACUCACAAUUUAACCACCACUUGUGGCUAGGUAACUUAACACAAAAUAGUAUAUAUAAUCAGAAUGAAUUAAAUUUUAACUAUACGGCUGACCCCUACUUCAAUCUAAAUACCCUUUAUCGGCUGCACACAGCAAAGCCGACUCUAGAAUAUUAAUAUAAUUUAAAGUAAGCGGCUAGCACAAAAUAUUCAGCAAUAGACUGCAAACACGCGGCACAAACUUGUAACUAACUCUUCUGCCGCGAACUCUUCAAUUCUGCUACUUAAAUACUAUUUCCGAACUUAUUGAUAUUUGAAUAUACGUCAUUUAAAUUUGUAUUCUGGCAGAGAAUCGUAAUCGGAAAGGAAAUUUAUGGUCCUGAAAAUAAGUUGGGAAAACAUAUAUAGAAAUUUUUUAAUAAAAUUGCUAUGGGGGCGAAAAAGCAUGAAGGCAUUUUUAGCAUUAAAAUUUCAUGCCAAAUUUUAUACAGUUAUCUCACUGCUAGAAGCAUAAAAGCUAAGAUGGAUACAUUUAUUACAGUGUUUUCGAAAAUAUAUGAUUGGUAUUUAAUAGUGACAGUGAUGACAAUUUCAGGUUAUAAACAUGCUUUCUAACUUUUGGAGAAAGGUCAUCCCACUGUGCUUACACACAUCAGUUUCAUUCUGGUUUAAUCACAAAUGAGGUAUUUAAUUUUAUUUCAUUCAUUCAACUUUCAUUGUUUAAAAAUCAAGAUAUACUUUUGUUUUGUUUUCCUUUUGUGUGUGUGUAUGGUACACUAUAGUUUGACUUCUGUAGCUAUUUCAUCAUUUAUUUAAUUUGACAUUUUAUCUGUUACUCAAUGGAUAUAUUUAUUACACAUGUGCUUUUUUUAAGUAAUUUGAGUUGCACAAGCAAUAAAAAAUUAUAGAAAAACCUCUUUUGCAUUUCUUUAGCAUACAUCCUUUUACAUUGCUGCACUUAAAAAAAGAAGUAUUAGUGUGUUUCUAAAGAUGCGGCUGAACAGGUUGAUCCUCAAACUACAGAAGAAUGUCAGUCAGGUGUUAUCCCAAACAUUUAACCUAUUAUUCUGUAAGGUUUAUCCUAAGUUUUGAACAGUUAUUUUUAGUUAAAGCUACUUUCCUAUCUCUCCUAAUUUCAGCUUACCAUUUCCUACCAGGGUGUUUUUUUAGAAUCGCAGUUAAUGCAAAUGAGGAAGAGCGGUAUUUAAUUUGAAGUUCCACUGACUUUGUUAAAGAGACAGAGAUUCUGACAGCGUUUGCCAUUUGGCUACACUCUCUCUAAGCUAUUACUACGCUCGGCCGUAUUUCAGGCCCUUGAUAGCUUCGCCAGUUAGUUAACAUUUAGGGACCAGCUCCUUAGAAUUUUGAUAGCUUCGGCUAUAUCUUUUUAGCUAAGCACCAGUUAAGUUUUAUUUCUUAGUACUCUUGAGUUCAAGCCCAAGUGGAGGUUUCCUGUACGCUCUAAGAAAGGAGCCGACUGUACAAUUCUUAUU